UUUGAUUAAUUUUGAGCAAUGAUAUGAGAGAGCAAUUUAGGCAACAAGUUUGAUUCAAUAACCCACCCGUUGCAUAAAACAAUACGAGCGUGUUGGUUUUUAACCAAAACUGAGAAUCAAUAAAAAAUGUGCAAAGUAAAAACCCAUUUUGGGGGAAACUUUACUAAGCGUGCAAAUGAGCGGUAAACGUCACUGCAGUUUCCGCAAAAUAGUCAAGUGUGGUGCUCGAAAUCGGAGGCACCAGAACAGUGCUCGUCGUGCCAAAAGCCUUUUAAAGGUGACGGAUCCGGAUAGUGCGGAGAACGGAUAUUCUCAGGCUCAGGCCACAAAGGCACGGACAACAAAUCCGAGGCACGUGCCAAGAUCCCAAACAAGACCGGACCAGCGCCGACAACAUCAGGUCGGAAGAAACAAAGCCACGAGGAAAGUCAACUCGAAAAGGGUCGCCAAAGCGGCCCUUUUUUGGUUCCGGCAUAUUUUGCUCCACAUCUCGGCACGUGUUCAUGUUGCUGCGCACCCAUUGGUAUCGGCUCCAACCUUUUUUCUUUCCGGCACAAAACGAGCUUCGAACUCUUCCGAAACUGCACGGCACAGACAGCGCCAUCUGUCAUUGUCCAUCGAAACACAGGAUCGAAUCGUCGCCCAUCCUCUGUCGAAUGAGCCAAUCCUGGCUUGGAUCACGCGCUAG